ACGGAUCUCUUUCAUUUCUCUCUCGCUUUUCCGUUGUCUUCAGUCUACUGUCCGUAUAUAUAUUCUUUCUUCUCUUUUGCGCCAGCCAUUAUUGACUUUUCUUUGUCAACAUCCCGACAAUAGCGGUUCCCCAAAAAGGAAGCUAUACACCACCUCACCCCAGCCUCGCUAGCCAUUCUUCUGCAUAAGCCUGCCAAGAUGCUGCAAUCUCCCCUGCAGCCUCGCCCAUUCACAUUGGGACGUGGGAAAGAUGUGUCCGUGACGGAGCCAGUAGUGUCCGUCGUCGAAGUAGCAUCAGACACCGAAGACAACAGCAAGGCGCAACAACGACAACGGCAACCCGACGACGUCGACCUCGCCAUCUCCCGCCUCGACCUGAAUGCCACCCACAUGAAAAGCUCCCCCUACGACGACCCAGUCAACCACCUCAACCUCCAGGAACUCGAACUCCCCUACCGCCUCUUCGCCCUGGCUCUCACGCAAUUCAACAACAUCCGACCAGACUACGCCACCGCCCCUUACGUGGAAAGCUUCAACCUCCCCUUCGUUUUUUCCGUCUUGAGAAGGCUUUGCGAACGGCACGGCAUCCAUUGGCAACGCACGGAAUUCUACCUCGUCAUCUUCCGAUCGCAACUGCAUCGGACGGCGGAUCGCGUGCGCCUCGGCGAGCUCGACAAGAACUCUCACGAAGAGGCUUGCGCCAGUGGGGGACUGUUGACGUACUGGUUUGGUAGUCCGGAUGCGGACAUGCGGAACUUGGCGACUUGCAUCUGGCGAAACAGAGCAGACGCCGCGGCGGGCGGCAAGGGUCCGGAGCAUCGCAAAGCGAGAAUGUCCGCGCGGGAAAUGUACGAGAGCAUUUCCUUCCACACGCAUAAACUUGUCGUCGAGGAGGGAGCGAUGAGCUGGCAUUUAGAAGACUACCGGGACUAAUGCUUGGCCGCUCGAUCAUACGCUUCACAUAGUUUUGAUUCUGGGUUUCCCUUCUUUUGGAAGCGAUUUAGCGAGCGAGCGAGGUGUUGGAGGUCGUCAUUCUCCUUUGCGGCAAAGCAAGCGCUCAUGGCAUUGGCUUCAGCUACCGUUGGUCUUUGCAUCAUCCUUUCGUCGUGGAUGUGGCCUGGGCAUAGCGCAUAAUUAGCAACUGGCAUAUGAUGCACAGACAGAUACUUACAGUAUAAGCUCAAACUCAUUCC